AGUUUUUCCGAAUACUAUUUACUAUCAAGCGUGUACCGUAGGAGCAACAUGUUCGGUCUUUUGUUCGCAUUGUUCAUGAUCAUGACACUUUCUUACUACUAUCAUUUCCGGAGGUCGCGAAAGCGAUUAUACGAAUUGGCGGCCAAGUUUCCAGGACCGUUAGAUUUACCAUUGAUCGGUAUCCUGCACUUAGCCUUCCGAGGAGGCCCAACGGAAACAUUGAACCAUUUGCUUCAGUACUUGCACAAGCUACCGACGCCGAUGCGGGCAUGGUUCGGACCAUUCCUCUUUAUUGUCAUAGAUCAACCGGAGCAUCUGGCUAUCGUCCUGAACUCUCAGGACUGCAUCAAACGAGCAAGUGUAUACCAAUUCAUGGGACUUGAGAAGGGAGUGUUCAAUGCAGCGCCGGAUCUGUGGAGGAAACUUCGGAAGCAACUCAAUCCUUCGUUUGCUGUUCCUGCCUUGAAAAGUUUUGUGCCCAUAUUUAACGAAAAGGCUGACUUACUAGUGAAGAAUUUGGAGUGCAUGGUCGGAGAGAAACCAUUCGAUCUUUUGUAUCAGGCGAGUGAAUAUAUGCUCGCGACGAGUGCGAUCAAUUCGUUGGGAGUGGAUAUGGACGAUGACAGUAAUUACAAGCAACGCUAUUUGAAGAACGCUGAACGAUUGUUCACACUCGUAAUGAAUCGCAUUUUCAAGGCGUGGCUAUAUCCUAAAUGUAUCUAUAAACUAACAUCUAGCUACCGGGAAGAGAUGAGCCACCGUGACAUGCUUCAAGAAGUGUCGAAAAAGGUGUUCGCAAUGCGUAAGGAGGCUAAACGGAAGGAGUCGAGAUCAGCGACAAGUGCCGACCGUGAUGAGAACAAUUUCCGCCGUCCACAGAUUUUCAUCGACAAACUGGAGUGUAUUGCCGACGAAAUGGGAAUUCUGGACGAGGAUGGCGUGAUACAGAACUUGGACACGUUCAUAUUCGCCAGCAACGAUACGACGUCGUCCGCCAUGGCUACAACUGUGCUCAUGCUGGCAAUGCAUCCGAAAAUGCAAGAAAGGGUCUUCCAGGAAGUUAUCAGUAAUGUUCCAGGUUCUAACAUCGAUUAUGACGAUUUAUCUAAGCUCGUCUAUUUGGAAAUGGUUAUCAAGGAAACGAUCCGUUUGUUCCCUAUUGUACCAGCAAUUGGACGCAUGUGCGAGAAAGAAUUGCAAAUUGGCGAGUUCAUAAUUCCAGCAAACGCUCAAAUUUUGAUUCCGGUAGUAAAGAUCAAUCGGAAUAAAACCGUCUGGGGUGAAUUGACUGAUCAAUUCGAUCCGGAAAAUUUCUCUUCGGAGAACUGUGCAAAGCGACACCCAUACGCUUAUCUUAGCUUCAGUGGGGGGAUUAGAAACUGUAUAGGUAUCAAGUAUGCAAUGAUAGCCAUGAAAAUCGGUCUUGUCAAACUUAUAAAGAGCUAUGUAUUUGCAACUGACUUGUCGUUGGCUGAUGUUAGGUUUCAUUUUUCGAUUGUGCGGCACAUUUCGAACGCAUUGGUAAGACUAGAAAAGCGUGAAACACAAGUGUCACUCAGUUAACUGCGAAAAAUCAAUACAGUAAUGUUUCGAUUAUAUCACGGUCGGUCUGUAUUUUAGCGUGAUAUAUUUGAAGCGUGAUAUAUUCAAAACAAACCAAAAAAUUACAUUCAAGCAUUAAUCCAUGUAUUUCUAUAAACAAAAAGUAAUGAAAAGGUCAAGUUAGUUAAAAGAAUAAAUCAUAGUAAGGUAAUGGGCCUAUUUUUGCCAUGCUUCUAUAAUCACACUACCCAUUAGAAGCCGUUGGCAGCGUCUGCCAUCUUUGUUCAACGGUAUGGCAUCAGUGGAUAAUUUUUCCCCACACAGCUUCACCUUACGUAGCACAUACCAUUUCUUAAAAUAGUUGAACCACCCAAAACUAAACUUAAAGGAAUCUGCCACAUUAAGGUUUUGGACAAAUAUCAUGACUAUUAAAAUCAGUGUACUCGAAGAGAUUACGAGUCAGUUCUCGUUGUUUCAGCAUCCAUAGAAAUAGUCCCAUCACCAAUUGUUGACGUUGUCCUUUAAAAAGAAAAGUAUUCACAUCGAUUCAAGAGAAAAUGCAUAUCUAGGCCAUAUCUUGCGUAAUUUGUUUUUCUCAUUAUUUUGUUAGAUUUUCUUGCGGAUAACUAACAAUUUAAAAAAGAAGUCGAUUUGUUUACCUGCUACACCAAACGGUCCCUCCAGACGGUCCCUUAAGGACAAGGCAAACAAGUUACGAAGAAUUUAAAACUAAAAUUGAAAUCGGUCGAAGAAUAUUUCGGCAAUCCUAGUCAUUGCAACAACGUCUUGGUAAAACAUGAUUUCGAGAUUAUUCACGCUUAAAGUUUCGCGCCACUCCCAUUCUUCACUAAAAGGAACAAGAUAAACAGCGCCAUAACUUUGCUUCUACUCCUCAUACCUCUAUAAAAAUUUCAGAUACUUUCUUAAGAAUCUAUUCGUUAAGAUAAAUGAAUAAAAAAGUUCGACUUUUUGACCGACCACAUCAUAUAUAAACCCUUAACGAAAUAGUCCGAAACCUAAUAAUAGGCUCAUUACCCUAUAUGUAAAUAAGCAAAUCAAUUGUAAAAAACCCUAAAAGUGCCAGGACACAACAUGUGGCUUAAUUGGAUCAAAACGUAGUGUGCCUUAUCUGUUUUUCAAAAAGCGUGAUAUAAUCGAGAUAAAACCGUGAUAUAUUCGAGAGUGAUAUAAACGAGUAUUGAUAUAAACGCAUAGUGAUAUAAACGAAACAUUACUGUAAGUGAAUUUGAGUAGUUCAGAUCUUUCUGCAGACAACAUGGCAAUUAAAAAAUGAUACUUCUA